UUUAGCCCAGAUACCUUCAGAAUAUUUAACCUUCAAGUCCCAGAAAGAAAUAAUAUACUAGAGAAGACUGAAUAUACACCAAAGAAACAAGAAAGAUAUUUACUGGAAUGGCGCAAUAACCCCCAGCCACAACAUGCAAAGUAUAUUCAAACCUACACCAAAUUUAUAAAUGAGCAAAUAUUUUAUAUGGAAACAAAGGAUACAAAAACAAAGCAGGCUCAUUGGUGGCCAUGCAUUGAGCCCACUGUACAGCCUCCUAAGCCACCUUAUGACAAGCAGAGCACUCAGAGGAAUGAUUUCCAGAAGCCAAACUGUAUUUUGUCUCGGCCUGCUAAGCAUCCCAGUAAGUUACAGCCUUCCUAUGGAAUAGUUCCGCUUGCAUCUCCUCGACUGCCGACUCGCCUUCCAAAAAUUUUCCAAGAGCAGCUCACUUUCAAAUAUCACUAUAACGCCAGAGCAACUCCCUGCAUCCCCUAUCAAGGAAAGAAACAUGGCACAAUUGUGUGGACAGAGAAAAAACCAGACAGGGAGAUGAUGCCUCCUGCCCAGGGGUCAGGCUCAUUGGAGGACCCCAAAACAGAAAAAGGAUCCCCAGUAGAAAACAGUGUAACCUCAGCCCAUGUUGAUUCAUUGGAUGCCCAGAAGACAUCACCAGCCUCUGAUGCACACUUAUCAAAACCAGCAAUGAAUUUGGAAGCCAAAGCAGGCCCCAGAACUCCAGAAAUGGAGCAGGAUAGUUCAGAGCAUCCUCAAACUGACAAAGUGGAUGGUAGCUGUCCUUCUGGGGAAGAGGCUUCUAGCCCAUCAAAAACAAGUGAAGGCAAACUGCAGAGCCCAUUAUCUCCUCUUUGUGAAGCUGCACAAUCCCUACCUGACACUCAAGUAGCCUAGAAGAAUUGUCUGGAUGACAGGAGUUGGCCUGGUGUAAUUUCAAUACCACCAAGCACAGACUGACACCAGUAAAUUGUUCAAAGCAAUAA